UCAAGAUUUUGAGAGGGAUGAAUCUGAAAUUCUAGCCUCAACACGCAGGAAAACCCUGCCGUUUCGUCCUUCACCCAUAACCCAUCCUCUUCCCUCUGUCUCCCAAAAAGGGUCCCUCCUCCACUUCGCCUAGUUCGCAGCUCCUCCACCGAACCAGACAGAAAGCCCCUUCUUCACCAUCGCCUCACCUUCGCCUGCACAGCCGUCUCCUUCCCUUUGUGUGACUCCCCUUCAUUCCUUUACCUUCCCUUUCUCAUUCUCCAUUUCUGAUAUAUUCACACGCCACACACAGUUUGGCCUGACGCCUCCACCUCCUCCUCCGCUUCUUUUACCUUCGACCAGACGCACAGAGUUUUCACAGCAAGGUGAUUCCAUCCUGCAAGCGGCACCGACAACUGCCCCUUACGUCGUCAAGUCCCACAGUGUGAUUCUGGGAUUCAUCGACAUCCUCCCCCCGUCGAGACAGAGCAAAGAAAUUUGGUUUGGGAUUGGUGGCUGAAAAUCCCUUGUUUGUGCUGUUGGAGGUUGCGGGACACUGGACAGUGGGGGUGUUGAGACUGCCGUUUCCUGAUGGAAACUCAGAGCAGCAGCAACAACAACAUAAAUCAAAAUAAGGAAAAGGAGUGGAGAGCUGAAGAAGCAAUUGCUGGAAAUAAAGCAGCUCUUGAAGCUCUAAGAGAACUCAUCACUUUCCCUCUUCUUUAUCCUUUUGAAGCCAAAAAGCUGGGUCUUAAAUGGCCAAGAGGUUUGCUUUUGUAUGGUCCACCUGGAACAGGAAAGACAAGUUUGGUACGUGCUGUUGUUCAAGAAUGUGGUGCAUAUUUGAUUGUCAUCAGUCCACAUUCUGUUCAUAAAGCAUAUGCUGGGGAAAGCGAGAAAAGUUUGCGUGAGGCAUUUGCAGAGGCAGCAUCUCAUGCACGGUUAGGCAAGCCAUCCGUUAUUUUUAUAGAUGAAAUAGAUGCACUAUGUCCUCGUCGUGAUUCAAGAAGGGAGCAGGAUGUUCGUGUAGCUUCUCAGCUCUCCACUUUGAUGGAUGCCAAUAAACACUCAUCUACAUCUUUGGCGCAUAUUGUUGUGGUUGCAUCAACUAACAGAGUUGAUGCAAUUGAACCUGCUCUAAGAAGGUCAGGGCGUUUUGACACUGAAAUAGAAGUUACUACACCUACAGAAGAGGAGCGCUUUGAAAUUUUAAAGCUUUACACAAAGAAGCUUCCUUUGGAACCUACUGUGGACUUGCAAGCUAUUGCUGCAUCUUGCAAUGGUUAUGUUGGGGCUGAUCUCGAAGCUUUAUGUCGCGAGGCUACCUUGUCUGCUCUCAAGUCUUUGGAGGGAAAUGAAGACAUGUUUUGCUUAACAACAGAAGAUUGGAAACAUGCAAGAUCUGUGGUGGGCCCUAGCAUAACAAGAGGUGUUACUGUGGAAAUCCCCAAGGUAUCUUGGGCAGAUAUUGGUGGAUUGAAGGAUUUGAAGAAAAAGCUCCAACAAGCUGUUGAGUGGCCUAUUAAACAUUCUGCUGCAUUUUCUAGGAUGGGUAUAUCACCUAUGCGUGGUGUUCUCCUGCAUGGGCCUCCAGGAUGCUCAAAAACUACUCUAGCUAAAGCUGCAGCUAAUGCUGCCCAAGCUUCCUUUUUUUCUUUGAGUGGUGCAGAAUUAUAUUCAAUGUAUGUUGGAGAGGGCGAAGCAUUGUUGCGUAAUACAUUUCAAAGGGCUCGCCUUGCUGCGCCAAGCAUAAUAUUCUUCGAUGAGGCUGAUGUUGUUGCUGCUAAACGAGGUGGUAAUUCAAGUAACAGUACUACAGUAGGAGAAAGGCUUCUAUCAACUUUAUUGACUGAAAUGGAUGGUCUGGAACAAGCUAAGGGAAUUCUUGUGUUAGCUGCUACGAAUCGUCCUCAUGCAAUAGAUGCUGCACUUAUGCGCCCUGGACGCUUUGAUUUGGUGCUAUAUGUUCCACCACCAGAUUUGGAGGCUCGGUAUGAGAUACUUUGCGUUCAUACUCGAAACAUGAAAAUAGCCGAAGAUGUUGACCUGAGAAGAAUAGCAAGAGAUACUGAACUGUUUACAGGGGCUGAACUUGAAGGUCUUUGUAGGGAAGCUGGAAUUGUAGCUCUGAGGGAAAACAUAUCUGCUACUGUUGUGUGCAACCGACAUUUCCAGACCGUAAAGGAGUCACUAAAACCAGCAUUAACUCAAGCAGAUAUUGAAAAGUAUGCAUCAUUUAUGAAUACUCAGAUGACAACUUCCAACCAGAACGAAUCUAGCAUCAAAAGUGUUAGCAAGCACAGGCACAAUUUGACUGGUACAAUGCUUUCAGUUAAAAUUGGGUUUCUGAGCUUUGUGCUUUUUGCAGCUGCCAAAUAUUUCCUCGCGUAUACAAACACGAGACUCAAUGCUGUAUCGGCAACUUAAAAGGGCCUUCUUAUAUAGCUUGCACAUUAUUUCUGGGCGUAUGAUUGUAAUAUUACAUGGACAACUUGAAGAUGAAGAUGGGGAUGGGGAUGGUGAUGGUGAUGGUUUUUUUAUAUUUUCAGGUGUUUCUAUGUAUACCUGGGUCUGCCACUGGUACGAACUUAAAGAUAAAUAUGAUUGUGGGUAACCUGUAGUGAGCUGUUAAUUAUUAAUAGAUUGGAUGUCUACUAUUUUAAUUUUCUUAA